AUGCAAGCAAUACAGAGACACGAAGACCACCGACGGCACACUCUGCCUAAUUGGAGUGAUGCUGCUGGGAGACUGGCGGCAAUGCUUUUUCCACAGCGUCUUGAUGCUGCCGGAGCGAAAAUGUCUUUGGCGGAGGUGCAAGUCACGGGACGGCGCGACACGGCGACACGUCGGGGCAAUACCCAAAAGCGCAGAAUACCCAAUGCGUUGCCGGGCAACGGGCGCUUUGUUUUGGCGAUCGUGAAGCGGCGCGACCUGGUCGCGAUGGCGUCGAACACCCUCAGGCAUCAACAGAGCACGUUCACGACUUGCCCCGAUAACCGUACCCGUACGAAAUAA